AUGCGCCACGCAGAGAAGAGGCAAACCAAAGGCGACAUGACGGGAGGUUCGCCCGCGGCUGGUACUGCGGGCAGUGGUGGGGACGCGGGCGGCACCGGGGCAUCGUCUGCGCGAAAGAAAAUUGUGGUGCGGGGCGGGGCGGCAGGCACAACGGCCAGCGCACCGUCAGUGGCCUGUAGCAGCAGCGAGAGGAAGGAUGGCGUGAGCAGCGCUUUUGACGCCGGCGCGAGUGGAGAGCAAUGCGUGGCCCCGCAGUCAUCGGCGUCGCCGGAGCAAGAGCGUUUGUCACUGGACCGCAUGGUUUUUAGCUCAAUUCAUUUUUCGGCGCCGACGUUUGUCAACAACAUUAUAAAUCGUGCGCUCUUUCCUGUCCUCCUCUCCCGGCGGAAGAAGAACUCACCAACACUAUUAGAAACGGCAGCUGGCGCUUCAGCUGCCGGAGGUGGUGGCGCGUGGCAACAGCCUAUUGACGGAGGUGGCAGUGGCAGCACGAAGAACGGUGGGGAGAACGGCACCCAAGCGCCGCCCGAAGCCGCAGCGGCUGGCGAAGACUAUGUCACCAUUGUGAAUCGCUUGACCACAACGCUGGAGUGUGCGCUUGCUGAGAUUGAGAAGGUGCAGGAGGAGGAGGAGUACGCCUUACAAAGCAACGAGGUUCGAUGUCGUCGCGUGGAAAUACGUGAGAAACGGCGGCUUGCAACCAUCCGACUUGGGUUGGAGGCUACCACGGCGAGGUUGCACGAGUACGAGAACCGCGUAUGCAACGCACUGGCGGCGACAGCGGGGAUUGAGCAGCACCUAGCGCAGUCCAACGCGAGGGUGAUGCGCGGCCGCGCCGUCUCACAUCUUCUGAAACACUUCAAGAUGUUUAUGCACAUGAACCACGCGGAGUUGGACACGCUGUUGAAGAACUUGUCCAAGGCACGCGCAGAACAGCGCGGGGAGGUGACCUCUAAGUGGGAGGCCGGGAUCGUGUCACCGGCGGAUCCCAUGUACUACGGCGGAGCCGGCAGCGGCGGUGGCGGUACUGGUGGUGGUAGCGGCGUGGAGGAUAUCGCCGCGGCAAGGAGCGAGGAAGCUGAGAGUAGCCGCGGCCAAGGAGAAGUGGAGAGGAAGAGUGUCACCCGGGGCCGUGAGGCGGAGCCCAACCGGGACCCUACUGAGGCCAAGAACGGUAACGCCAAAAAUGAGAGUGUUCUCAGCGGAAGCAGCAGAACGGAAGCGGUGCGGCCGCAUGGGCCUUUUAGGCAAGGCGGGCCACGCCAACUACGGCGUCGUGUAGUGACGGUGGCGCAGGACUCCGAUGAGACCGAAGCGUCGAUGAGGAUAGCGGCCACAGCGGCGACAACUGCAAAAUUUGUUGAUGGAAAGAUUGGUGAUGGUGGUGGUGGGAGGGAAAAGAUGCAUCGCAUGGAGACGGCUGCGGUUGCGGCCGGCCUGGAUCGUACCUUUGCAGUACGCAGCUGCACGGAGGCGCAGGUGGACUGGUGCCAGCGACUGACGCACCUCUGCCGCGAGCUCGAAAGCGUCGUCGGGAGCACGUCCAACAUUGACCUCUACGUUGGAUGGGUGCGGCAGGAGCUUAUUGCCGACGUCUUCCACCUUGUCGACCGCUUCAACGAGCUCUACAAGGAUCAUCCUGACACGGCAGUGCACCAGCCCUACGGUCGUGCCCUCCUCAAGACACUGGAACUCGUCUCGCGGCUUUACAACAGUAUCACCAACUCCCAUGAUGCGCUGCUCUCUGCCUUUUACGCACGCACAAUUAAUCAGAUGGGCAUCACGCUUUUUAGUGAGUAUUCGCCAAGCCCUCUUCCACCGCAGCCACCACUCAGUGGCGCCGCCACGGCAUCUACGCCACCCACCGCUAUGCAGCACUACCGCAACAGCACGGAGCAUGACCUGCAUCGCACCUUUGAUUUUCUUCUUUCUCGCACCCGUCGUGACGUGAUUGUCGUGGAAACAAUUUUUGGGACGACAAACUCGGCGCGGCGGCAGUUGCUUGCGCAGGUAACUGAGGGUGUGGUGAAACCAUUUGUCACCCAACAGCUAAAACUCGCGGAAUUUUUUAAGCGAGACAUGGUGGAGGCGGAGGCAUGUCUGUCCCCGCGUUCCAAGCGGCGCGCCUCCACGCGGGUGGCGGACGCCAUGACCUACGCCCACACCAUCCAGGCCAGACUAUUUAGCUUCUUUCAGGACUACGUCAAGGAGCUGCGAAACACCUUCGAAAAAGGUGAGGCGGACUUCCUUCAAAAGUACGCCGACUCCAUUUUUACUGGGCGCUCCGCCUUUGUGGAGCAGAAGUCGGAGCUUGUGCUGCUGAGGCGCUAUCACACGAUGUUAGAGGAGCAAUACACCCGAGAUUUGCACUCCGUCCCGGAAGAGGUGUUUGACCUGCGGGAGGCGCACAUGAAGAAGACAAAGGAGCUCAUUGAGCGACUCAGGGAGGUAGUAGCGCGAACACGCACCUACGCCCCACCAAAGGACGUCACGUCGUGUGUCCUGGACCUCGUCAAGGCCUCACUGGAGAAUAUGGGGAAUUAUAUGGACGAGGAACUGCGCAAGAUGGUGGAGUCGCUACGCGCCGAUCGUGAGCACUGGCGGGUGAAGCCGGAGUCGGAGGAUGAGUUGUUGCGGCCCUCAAAGCUAGAGUCGCAGCAGUGUGGCCUGCGCAUGCUGCUUUUUGUGCAGUCCUCCCUGAUGAGUUUGAAUGACGCCAUCUCGGUGAGCUGCAUGCCGCUCCUGCAGGUUGACCCUCGUCUCGAGGCGGCGAUUGAGGAUGCAAAAGAGUCGGCGUACGAGGCGUUGGACGAGCGUGCUGAGACGCUGUUGAAUCUGUGCGCCAACGCCAUCAUCGUGCGCUCCCUGUCCAUCCUGCUUCACUACCAGAAACGGAACGACUACAGACCGAAGGUUGCAAAGGGGGCUGAGGGAGAGAUGUUCGCCCAGCCGUGCACGCGUGCCUGCACCCUUUUCUGCCUGUACAUCACAAGACAGUUUGAGGAGGCGAAGGAGUUUGUUCGACUCUCAAAUGGCCAGGUGCCUCAGCGACAAAAUACUGCGGGGGGUGCCGCAGGUGCAACACUCGAGCCGGCUUCAAUGACAAGCCAUUAUCUGACCAUGUCAAGUCGGCGGAGUGGCAUGAAAGCUGGGGACGCCUCCAACGAGGUGCUGAACGCCGUGCGGGCACGCGCGCGGACGAUGAACAUGCAACAACUGCUGUACGGCGACGGAGGACCCUCGUCCUUCGUGCGCACUAUUGGCGUCUGCCUUUACAGGGGGAUUGUGACACACCUGAAAGCGUUCACCGUCACCGACCGUGGAGCCCUCAUCUACAAACAGGACGUUACCGCAUACAUGGAGGCCAUGCGCCCCAUUAUCAGCACACCAGGACUCGGUGGGGCUGUGGUGGAGGUGCUGUUUCGCCUGCUAAAGGAGACGGCGAGCCUGCUGUUGAUGCCAUGGGGACACAUCAAAGGCGUGCGAGAGACGGGACUCCUGCGGCUCAUGAGCAACGAAGAGCAGGUGCAGUUCAUCCGAAUGCGAGCGGAUCUGCAGGAUGGGUUCCGCAAGAUUCACUACUGA